GGGAAAAACUUUUGUAAAUCGGAAAAAUUCGAAACCCGACCACUGUGCUACGACUAAAGUUGAUAUGGAUUUCCGUUCCACAAUUUGAUUUGUUGGUGACAGUUGUACGACCCUGGCAAAAUUUCGUAUGCCUUUAUAUGAAAACUCUGGUAAUAUUAAGUAGGUCAUUGUACAAGCUGGCAACUCUCUAAAAAGCAGUUCCGUAAUAUUGUCCCUCGUUUUGCAAGUGUUGGGGACAAAAAUAUGGAAAAUCAAAAUCAAUUGCCCAAUCCUGUUCCUGCUCCCGUCCAUUAUGUUAUACCAGAGAAUCAAACAUUUCAUACGAUGGCAUAUUACCAUUCAGGAUGCAGAGCGGUGCCCACAUCCAUUAAUGUGAAGAAACUAAUCGGUGGUGGAACCUUUGGUCGCGUUUAUCAGGCCGAGCUGCUCGACAAUGGCCAUCGACAGCAUGAGAGUAAAAUAGUGGCCCUUAAGCAAAUCUUCAAUUUCGGCAACUAUCAGCGACGGGAAGUGGAUAUUAUGAAUCAAUUAACGCAGCAUUGUAAUAUUCUGAAAAUGAUAUUUUUCUUUCACAUUCAAAUGGGUACACCGCCAAACAAUUAUAUAAUAAUGGCCCUGGAAUAUAUGCCAAUGAGUCUAUUGGACUAUCUGAUCCAGCAGCGUAGAAAUAUGCGUCCCGUUGAUCACAUCUACAUUCGCAUCCUGGCGUAUCAGCUCUAUCGUGGAUUGGCCUAUUUGCAUAGCAAGAAUAUAUGUCAUCGGGAUAUUAAACCGGAGAAUUUGCUGUUAAAUGAAAAGAAAAUGUUACUCAAACUGGGUGAUUUUGGUAGUGCCAAAGUUCUGGUGCCCCAUGAGGGGAAUAUGAGUUAUAUUUGCUCUCGUGCCUAUAGGGCACCCGAACUAUUCGCCAACAGUUUCGUCUAUACCGUCUCUGUGGAUAUGUGGAGUGCCGGCUGUGUCCUUGCCGAAAUGUUAAACGGCAUUCCACUCUUUGCCAGCAAUAAACAUGGCAAAGAACAAUUACUCUAUAUUAUCCAGAUCUUGGGCACCACUGGAUUAGAUCGUGUGCCUCGAAUUAGAAACAUGUGUGACAUCACAGAGACACAGAUCAAUACAUCACGUGAUUGGAAUGCCAUAUUAAAUACUUAUGUACCUCAAGAUUUAGCUGAUCUUUUAAAUAACUGUCUAGUCUAUCAACCAAUUGAUCGUAUAUCAGCCCUUCAGGCUUGUGCCGAUCAAAGUUUCAACGAAUUACGCUUAAUGGAAACUCUACAAACGAACAUGCCCAAUGGUGAGAGAUUGCCACCGUUAUUCAAUUUUACUAAAGAAGAACUGGGUUCAGAUGCAAAACUAGCCCUGCAGCUGUUACCAUUAUACAUUUGCGAGGAGGGCGAAUUGAUUGAGACGCCAUUCUAAGCAAUAUAAAAGGGUCAAACGUUUAUAAAAUGUUUAUGCCCUAAAAAAUCUAGUUUCUUCCCCUAGUCACUAUACUAAAUUUUGUACUAACUUUUAUUGUACUAAUAAAACUAAUUUUUUCCAUUUU